AUGAGUGACGACAUUAGAUCUGAUGUUGAAAAAGUUAUUGCUGAAAACCAUGUAGUGAUUUUUAGUAAAAGUUAUUGUCCUUAUUGUAACCGUGCUAAGCAAACCUUAGAUCAACUUGGAACAAAUUAUGUAGCUUGGGAACUAGAUAAUAUGGAUGAUGGGCCGGCAGUCCAAAAUUACCUUUCUGAAAAGACUGGACAAAGAACUGUUCCAAAUAUCUUUAUUAGGCAACAAAGCAUUGGAGGAAACGAUAAACUUCAAGCCCUUCUUCAGGCAGGGAAACUUAAAGAAUUAUUAAAGCCCGCAAGAAUUUAG